GGCGGUACUUUUUCAGAGAGCGGCAUCGCUCAAAUUCGUCGUCGACUCCAGGUAUGCCUUGAAUCACACCCGUCUUGUCGACAAGGAACAGGUACUCGGCCUCUGCGGUUCAUCGAACUGUCCUCCGGGGACGAGAGAACUGUCCGUAUUAGACAAGCCCAUAGCACAAGAGUUGACCCAUACGUUGCUCUCUCCUACUGCUGGGGCCUGGACCAGACCAUCAAGACCACUACAGUCAACUUGGCUCGACAUCAGACAGGAAUAGAAGUCAGAAACCUGCCCAAAACUAUACAAGACGCGAUUCAUGUCACCCGACAAUUGGGUGUAAAACUCCUCUGGGUUGAUAGCCUCUGCAUUGUUCAAAACGAUCCUGCUCUUUUAGCCAGAGAGGUCGGUGACAUGGCUCAUUACUACGCCAACUCUAUAAUCACAAUUUCCGCGGCAGUAGCGAAAAGUUGUGCUGAAGGAUUCCUCAGCCCGCCUAACACGACAGGACCGGAUGGUUAUGUAGGAUUCUACUUCCCUUUUUCCGGUGACCCUCGCCGUGAUAACUCAUCCAAAAGACGCUUCAAGCUCUUCCGUGGUGAGGCGCGAGACGAGAUUGACCAUAUCGAUACCCGGGCUUGGACAUUGCAAGAGUCUCUGUUGGCCACUAGGUUGGUCUCCUUUGGCACUCGCCGGAUAUCCUGGGCUUGUAUGACCACUAGAUUCGGUCCAAGCUCAGGUGCUGCAUCACUCCGGGAUAAUAUGUUCAAGACCCGCCACUGGGUGGGAUACAGGGAUAGGAUCGCCCACACAAAAGCUAUGGCUGUAACCCAAGAAACCCCGAGCAUCUAA